AUGAAUGGCUCUCUGGUAGGGUCAUCUGCCUCCAGCCUAGACGCAAUCGACUACGACCCCAUCGACCAUCUCAACCUCCUGUUCUCGCACCCCUCCGCCGUCUCCUCCAUUAGCCGAGUCUCGCAGGCGCUCAAGCACCGCCAAGAUGACCUCGAGUACGAGAUCAACACCCUCGAAUCGGCACAGGCCUACGAACCAGACUCGAGCCUGGAGCGGAUGCGGUCGGCGCAGACGGAGCUCGCGCAGCUGUUCCGCAAGAUCGAGACGGUGCGGUCGCGCGCGAUAGAGACGGAGCAGAACAUCACGUCGAUGACGGCCGACAUCAAGCGGCUGGACGGCACCAAGAAGAACCUGACGCUGAGCAUGACGGCGCUGAAGCGGCUGCAGAUGCUGACGACGGCGUACGAGCAGCUGAGGGGCUUGGCCAAGACGAGGCAGUACCGCGAGUGUGCGGGCCUGCUGCAGGCCGUGCUGCAGCUGAUGAAGCACUUCAACAGCUACCGGAGCAUAGAGCAGAUUGCGACGCUGAGCCGAGAGGUGUCGGAGCUGCAGAGGGAGCUGCUGGAGCAGGUGUGCGAGGACUUUGAGAUGGCCUUUACCAAGGGCGAGGUCGGCGCCAAGAGGGGCACCCUGGUGGAGGCCUGCCUCGUCAUGGACGCCCUGGGCGAUUCGGCAAAGGCCAGGCUCGUCGGCUGGUACAUCAACACGGAGCUGCGAGAGUACCGCCAGGUGUUCCGGGGCAACGACGAGGCGGGCAACCUGGACAACAUCGGGAGGCGAUACGCGUGGUUCAAGCGCAUGAUGAAGACGCACGAGGACGAGCACGCCGCCAUCUUUCCUGCGCACUGGCGCGUCAACGAGACGCUGGCGACGGCAUUCUGCGACGGCACGCGGGACGAUUUCAAGGGCAUCCUGGAGCGCAGCAUGCGGCGCCCCGACGGCAACAAGAUCGACGUCAACCUACUCCUUGCGUGCCUACAAGAGACGCUCAAUUUCGAGCAGAGCCUCGAUAAGCACUUCUCAAGCGACGCGAGGGCCAGCAUCGACACGCUGAGCUCGACCGAGGAGAAGUCGCAUACGUUCAAUGGGCUAAUAUCGGUGGCCUUUGAGCCGUAUCUGAGCCUCUGGGUCGAGUCGCAGGACAAGCAGCUGGCUGCCAUGAUACCGAAAUACCGCACACAGCCGCUCAUCCCGCCAGAGGAAGAGUUUACGCCGCAGGCCGUCAUCUCUUCCGCCCUGGAGCUUUUCCACUUCUACAAACUGACCCUCUCCCAGUGCGCGAAGCUGUCUACGGCCGACCGCCUACUAGAUCUCUCAAAGAUUCUGGCCAAGUAUCUAGAUGAGUACGCUCAGCAGGUGCUGCUACGAAAGCUACAGUCGAGCGGGCAGAAGAGCCCCUCUAUGCAUGAUGCCGUCCUCGUCCUAAAUACGGCAGACUUUUGGCACAUCAACACGAACCAGCUGGAGGAGAACAUCAAGAAGCGCAUCGACCCGGAGCUGGUGGCCAAGGUGGACCUGUCGUCGCAGUCUGACGCUUUCCUGGGCGUGGCCAGCGCCGCCGUGCUCGCGCUGGUGCGGAUUGUCGAGCUGGACUGCGAGGGUGUCUGGCGGGAGAUGAAGAAUACCAACUGGAGCACCAUGGAGAGCGCGGGCGAUCAGAGCUCCUGGGUGGGCGAGCUCGUCAAGCACGUCAAUGACAAGGCGGCGGAGAUUCUGGGUAUUGUGACGAAGCAGCAGUACGCGAGGGCUUUCUGCGACAACCUGGUCGAUCACUUGGCGACAGCGUUUAUCAACAAUAUUGUACAGUGCCGGCCAAUAUCCGAAGUUGGGGCACAGCAGAUGCUUGUUGACAAGUACGCACUCACAAAGUCGUUCGAGAACCUGAUGUCGUACCACAACCCAUCUCCAACACCGCAAGCACCAUCAGCGACUUUUGUGAGGCGAGUCGAGCAGAGCAUGAACCGGAUGGACCCCCUACUCAAGACGCUGCAAGUGCGGCCAUCGCCUCCAGAAGGCCUUGUGCAGGCGUAUCUCAUUCACAUUGCAGAUCGCUCCGACACAAACUUCAAGAAGAUCCUGGACCUCAAGGGCGUGCGCAAGAUGGACCAGGCUCACCUGAUUGAGCUGUUUGGCAUACACCGCGACAGCAGCUCCAACGCGAAGUUGGCGCAGAACUCGCCGCUGCUGACGCCUCUAAUGCUGUCGUCGAGCCUCAGCAGCACCAGCGCCAUGGGCGCAAUCAACACCGCGUCAUCCUCGCUGGCGGGCGGUUCGGCGGCCCGAUUCGACGCUGGGUCGCUGGGCGAGAAGCUGCUCAGCGCGGCGAGGGACAUUAGCAACACGGGGCAGAGCGGCUCGGACAAGGCCACGAUCAAUGAGAAUCUGAGGAAUUUUGGAAAGUUCUUUAGGAGGGAUAUCAGUGGCAUUGGGCUUAAGUUUGGCAUGCGUGACGGAGGCGAGGACUCGCAGCGAUGA